AUGCGAAUGAGAAGCGACUUACUGCGGCGCGUGGCACCGAUCGCGGUGGCGGCGGCGCUGCUGAUCGUGCCGUCGCUGGCGACGGCGCAGAUGAUGGACACCAACUCCGAGGUGUACCAGCUCGACGAGUGGGAAGGCAUGCACGGGGCGAUCACCUCGUUCAGCGAGGCGCCGAUGCUGGCCAGCAUGGUGGCGGCCGGCGAUCUGCCGCCGCUGGCGGAACGGCUGCCGAGCAACCCGCUGGUGGUCGAGCCGGUGGACGAGAUCGGCCAGUACGGCGGCGUGCUGCGCGAGCUGCGCCCGGCAGGCACCAUAAUCAACGGCGACCACUGGGUGUGGGAGUACGCCACGGCGUACUCGCCGGACAUGAGCUCGAUCUUCCCGAAUGCCCUGGCGGGCUGGGAUUGGAACGCCGACGGGACGACCAUCACGCUGCACCUGCGUGAGGGGAUGAAGUGGAGCGACGGCAAGCCGUUCGUCGCGGACGACUUCCUGUUCUACUGGAACGAGAUCGGCCUCAACGAGGAGCUGUUCCCCACGCCGCCGUCGCAGAUGCGGUUCGGCGGCAGUGCGGGGACGAUGACCAAGGUCAGCGAUACCGCGGUGCAGAUCUCCUGGGACGUGCAGGCCGGCAUGUUCGUGGAGUUCAUGGCGCGGUGGCGGCCCGCCAACUACGCGCACUCGGAGUUCCUGAAGCAGUUCCACCCGGGUCACACGUCGAUGGAGAAGGUCGAGGCGGCGGUGAAGGAGAACGGCUUCGAGACCUGGACCGACCAGUUCACGGAGAUCUACAAUCCGCAGCACAGCCCCAUGACGCCGGUGAUCGGCCCCUGGAAGCUCGAGAACGAAAAGACCGACCAGGUACUGGUCAUGAGUCGCAACCCCUACUACUGGAAGAUCGAUACGGCCGGCAAUCAGCUUCCCUACAUCGACGCCAUCCACUCGCAAGGCGUUCCGCCGGGGGAGGCCGAGCUGCUGAAGAUCCUGGCCGGAGAGUCCGACCUGCAGGCGCCCGGCCCGUGGGGGGGCAUCGCCAACCUGGCGGUGGUCAACGAGAACGCCGAGAGCGCAGGCUAUAGCCGCAUCCAAUACUGGUGGCCCGGCGGCGAGCAGGGGCUGAUCCUGUUCAACUUCGCCCAUGAGGACGUGGUGCUCAGGGAGCUGCAGAGCGACAAGCGGUUCCGCAUCGCGCUGUCCCACGCCAUCGACCGCGACGAGAUCAAUCAGACGUUCUACAAGGGGCUGGGCAUUCCGUCGCAGCCGACCGUGGAGGCCGGCCCACCGUACUACGGUGAGAACCUGUUCAAGGUGUACCUGGAGCACGACCCGGACAAGGCAAACGGCAUCCUGGACGAGCUGGGUCUGGACGAGCGGGACGGCGACGGCUACCGCCUGCGCUCCGACGGCGAGCGCCUGCGCAUGCAGAUCUACGCGAUGCCGGGGGGCCAGACCGCCGAGAUCGCGGACCUGUACAGCGGCUACUGGGGUGAGGUCGGCAUCGAGACCGUCGCCCGCGCCGGAAGCUGGGACGCGUUCGGGGGCAUCUACAACACGAACGACUUCGACCUGAUCAUGUUCCCGUUCGGGCUGGCCGGGCGGCCGAUGAACCCGCUGGUCAGGGGUGAGGUCGUACCGGUCGGCACCUGGUUCACGCCCGGCAGGGAGUGGGCCGCCUGGCUGAACUCCAGCGGCGAGGAGGGCAUGGAGCCUCCGGAUGCGCUGAAGGAGAUCGCGGCGCUGCGCGAGCGCGCGAUCUCCAUCUCGGACAAUGCGGAACGCGUCGCGAUCACCAUGGAGGUUUUCUCUCUGUUGGAGGAAGAGCUGUACAUGAUCGGCGCGGUGCGCCCUCCGAGACAGGACUACUACGGAAUCGUCAACGUCAAUCUGGGCAACAUCCCCGAUCCGAUCAUCGCCGAGCACAUCCACGAGGUGCCCGCGCAGUUCUACUUCAAGUCCUAG